ACACCAUGUAUAUUUCUACCAUGGAGUCAACCAUAUAUAACAGAAAAUAGUAUAUGUUGUACUAACCUAAAGCUAUAUUUCUUUGAACUGAAUUUUCCCAAAUUGAAGGUUAGGAUAUAUUGUUACAUUAUAACAAAAAAAUUCUUGGGAAAGAUCUGGAAAGCUCCAUUGAAAACAAUCCAGAGAAAGAAGAAAAAUCUAUUACACAAUCUAUAUUAACAAAUAUGAGUGAUAAGCAGAAGGUUCUCAUCUGCGGGGAUGUGGAGGGUAAUUUCAAUUUUUUAUUCUCCAAAGUAGAUGCUAUCAAUAAGAAGAGUGGCCCAUUUGACUUCUUAUUGUGCGUCGGUAAUUUUUUUGGCAAGGACAAUACAGAGUUAAAACCUUAUAUAUCUGGCGAGAAAACUAUCUCAGUUUCAACAUACAUUGUGGGACCUAACAGAGAAUCGGACUUGAAGCAUUAUUCUGAUGGGGAUGGAUACGAGAUAUGCCAAAAUCUAACGUAUCUUGGCAAACGUGGCCUUUAUACUGCUAGUUCAGGCCUCAAAAUAGCAUAUCUCAGUGGAAUUGAAAAAAUUGCAGAUGAUAACAAAUCUGUAAGCUUCAACGAGCUAGAUGUUAUAUGCAUCAAAAAUAGUUGUUUAAAAGGCCAACCGAGUUUUCGUGGGGUGGAUAUCCUGUUAACAUCACCAUGGCCUGAUGGUAUCAUCAAUUUUGACCCGAAUAAUCCAAAAUACAAAUAUCAAGGUUCAAAAUUAAUUGCCUGGCUCACUACUCAUAUCAAACCCAGAUAUCAUGUAUCAGCUUUAGAAGGGACAUAUUAUGAACGACCACCAUACAGAAAUCAAAGUCAGGGUGAAGGAAAUAUAGAAAUAGCUACUAGGUUUAUAGCUCUAGCGCCAGUAAUGAAUGUUAAUAAGAAAAAAUGGUUGUACGCGUUGAAUUUAACUCCCGUCGAUCGGACCAGACUGUCGGAUUUAGUUAUGAAAACGACAGACGAGACACCAAGCCCCUUUCCCAGGUCGAUGCUGUCUGACCACCCGACAUCACAGAAGCAGAGUCAUAUGCAAUUCUUCUAUGACAUGGAUUCGAAGGAAAGCGGAAAAAUGUCGCGGCACCAGAACGACGGUUCCAUUAAAAGGCCAAAGUUGGAAUUUGAUCAGUCGAAAUGCUGGUUUUGCUUGUCCAGUCCAGUGGUAUCCAAACAUCUGGUUAUUUCAGUCGGCACAGAGAUUUACUUAGCGUUAGCUAAGGGUGGUCUGGUAGAAGACCAUCUCUUGAUUCUCCCGAUAACGCAUCAUCAAAGUUUGUCGAUUCUACCGAAGAAUGUAAAGGAUGAGAUGGAUCUAUACAAAAAAGCAGUAACCAAGUACUACGAAAGCACGGAUAGAGUGCCUGUAUUCUUCGAGAGAAAUUUCAAAACGUCUCAUUGUCAAUUACAAACAGUGCCCGUUCAUAAAAAUCAAGCACCCGCGCUGAAAGAGAUGUUUGAGGAGUUAGCCGAAUGUAAUAAUUUUAAAAUAUCGGAGUUACCGUCACAUACGGAUCUGCAGCAGAUUGCAAAACCUGGAGUUUUGUAUUUUUAUGCAGAAUUACCGAGCGGAGAAAUAUUAUAUUAUAGAAUUAAGAAAGACUUUCCGCUGCAAUUUGGCAGAGAAGUAUUAGCAUCCGACAGGAUAUUGGAUAUUAAUGAUAGGUCCGACUGGAAGGAUUGCCAUAUGAGUCAAGAUGAAGAAAUUGAAGUAGCAAAGAAAAUUAGGAAACAAUUUAUCCCGUUUGAUAUAGAUAUUUGAAAACUUUUACUGCUGCUUUUUUAUUAAGGCAAUGUGUAUAUAUUUCAACAAAAAAUAAUGAUUGUAACCGUUAUUUAUUUUUAUCUUGAUCUUUAUAAUAUAAUCUCUGUUACAAGUGUAUAAAAUAUGUACAUAGUUUAGAUAUAUACAACUUUAUGGCACAAACAAUAGACUUAUCUGCAAAAAUUAGCUUAGUAUUAAAAUGUUGCUGAGUUA